AUGCAGAUUUUGCACUUUGAUAUCAAGCCUCACAACAUUCUUCUCGACGACAAUUAUGUUCCAAAGGUUUCUGAUUUUGGGCUAGCUAGACUCUGUCCAGUAGAUGAUAGUAGCUUAACGUUGACUGCAGCAAGAGGAACUAUUGGAUACAUAGCCCCUGAGUUAUUCUACAAAAAUAUUGGAGGUGUGUCUAACAAAGCAGACAUCUAUAGUUUCGGAAUGCUACUGAUGGAAAUUGCAGGCAAAAGAAAGAACUUGAACGUUGCAGCACAUUCGAGCCAAAAUUACUUUCCUUCAUGGGUUUAUGACCAAUUCAGCGAAGGAAAUGACAUAGAAAGUGAAGGUGCCACGGAAGAAGAAAAUGAAAUAACAAAGAAGAUGCUUAUUGUUGCUCUAUGGUGCAUCCAAAUGAAGCCUAAUGACCGUCCUACUUCAAUGAACAAAGUAGUAGAGAUGCUUGAAGGAGAAAUUGAGAGUCUUGAUAUGCCUCCAAAGCCUUUCCUAUACCCACAAGAGAAACCGGUACUGGAUGAUGAAGAUGAUUCAGAAACAACAUGGUCAUCAAGACCAUCGAAGAUGACGUCGAAGAGUCACAAAGUUUAA